UGCUGCCAAUCAGUGCCAGUCAGUGCAGCCUAUCAGUGCCAGCCAGUGCCACCUAUCAGUGCGCAUCAGUGCCGCCUAUCAGUGACCGGCAGUGCUGCCUAUCAGUGCCAUGCCCAUCAGUGCUGCUGCCUUUUAGUGCCCAUAAGUGAUGCCUGUCAAUGCCCAUCAGUGCCACCUACCAGUGCCUCCUCAUCAGUGCCCAUCAGUGCCACCUAUCAGUGCCCAUCAGUGCAGCCUAUCAGUGCCCAUCACUGCAGCCUCAUUAGUGCACAUCAGUGAAGGAGAAAAAUCACUUAUUUACAAAAUUUUAUAA